AUGGUUUCUCUGCGUUUGAUAGGAGCUAUUUUUGCUGUCUGUUUUGUCUGCAAACUUGUUGAUGGCAGCGGCUCACAAGGAAGCAGAAGCAGUACGACUGCCGCAACAACAGUUACACCAGGAGGCGGUUCGUCUGGAGGCGGUUCUACUGGAGGUGGUUCUGCUGGAGGCGGUUCUGCUGUCAAAACAACAGUUGCACCAGCCGUACCAAAGGUUACUCCAGAUGCAAAGGCCGAUUACGACAAAAAAGUGCAACAGCUCGUUGAUUGUUUAACUAGAGUUACAAAGACAAGUGUCAAAGAGAAUGAUGGUAAAAUUCGUAAUAUCAUUGAACAACUUUAUUUAAAAAAAUUGAGAUUUAUAUCUGACAGUUAUUCAGUUAUCUAAAUGUCGCUUUAUCAUGCCCACAAAAUCCGAUAUCACCUCCCUUGUCAUCAUAAAUUUCUUUCUUGCAGUAUCUUGAUCUGCCUUCAUUUGAACGAGCUUGUGAUGUAAUCUGCUUUGAAAUCAGCCAACUGUUCGCAAAUAAAACUAGGAGCAUUAGUUCCACUGAGGACUGAUGAUUGACAUGAGCAUGUGUUAAAUAAAGGCUUUUUUGCUGUAGUGGGGUAUCAAACGCGCUUUAUUUAUUGUUCACAGUGACUCACUAUCUGCUUUUUGUCUAGUAUAACAUCAAGUUUAAACACUCUCAAACCACUUAUCAGUAGCCAUUGAUCAAUAUUAUUUAGGCAGACAGCUGGUGGGAAGUGGAUAAAUUUAUUUUGAACAUUGCAUAGAAGAUAAAACCAACUUUCAAUGAAAUGUCCUUUGUUUACAAAACGUUGAACUGAUUUCACUGUCGGGUAUCAGUCUGCCUUCAAUCCUCACGUUUGUGAGGUUAGACGAAAGAUAGGAAAUUUAUUACUAAUUCCCACGCGGUCUCUAAUACAGUUGCCUGCUAUUUUUCUGUACUGAUAACGCAGUCGACCUGUAUACUUAUAUCAUAAACAAUACAACAGAAACCAUUUUUUUGAAUUUGUCUGUCACAUUAGCUGUUGUGCUGAAAAAAUGUGAUAUGUGUGAAUUACAAAGUGCGUGUCUAGUUAUUGCACCAGUGCUGUGUGCAUGAACAGACACAAGGCAUUAUUUACCGGGUCAAUAUGGUUUGUAUGAAGAUACUGCAUCGUAUUCCGUCACCCCAAUGGAAAACAAAUGCCCACCACUGAAUUUCUCAACAGAUGAAACAGUUUUGCAAUAUUCCUUUUUUCAUCAACCAGUGUGUUGUGAUCUCGAGACUUCAUUUCAAUAAAAUAAUAUUGAGAAUGAAAUAGUACACAAUACUGAAGCAGGAGUCAUAUGCGUUAAUGACGAAUACGGUUUGACUACGCCAACAACAUUAUAGAACAGCUACCUCAUUCCCCCAUGAGGCGGUGGCGAAGUGGUUUGCACACUGACCGACCAUGCACAUGAUCCAGGGUUCGAUCCUCGGCCGACGCACACCUUUACCUUAUCAAACAUGUAAUAAAAAUCGGUACAAAGGAAAGGUUGGGCAGGAGGCUAGCAACCUCUUCCUGUAAAAAAUUAUUAACAUUGCUACAGUAACUUAAAGCCUCUAGCUUGAAGUCCUAUGUUCCACCUCAAUCUCUUCAAAGCAGUACACGCCUUUAUGAGACAUAAUGUAUAUUCAACCUUACCUCUGGAAGAAGUGCAUACAUACCACGAGAAGCAAUAUGUAUGUAGAUAUAUUCGGUCGGUAAUCAUGAGUGAAUUAAGAUAGAGGUAAACAAAUAUUUCCUGACCAAGGACAUUGUUGUGUGUGACUUUCGAACUAUAUCAGCAUAAAUAUGUGGCGUGCCUGAUCAAAUAUCAGAUUACAAUGGCCACCAUAAAACCACAAAAUUAAUGUAAUCUGUGAACACUAAGAAUAGACUCAACUAAAUAUUUAUUGAACGUUUUGAACAGGAUUUUUUCAUACAUCUUUUUCAAGUAAUGCUGUUGCUGAUUAGAAUUGCUGCUGUAGAAAACAAACACAAAAUCAGUUAAAUUUCGUUUAAAUAACUUUCUUUGAAAUAUCACCAUAUAUACAGAGAAUGUCCGAAAAAAAAUUAAAUCUGAACGGUUUAACUAUACAAUACGAUCAAUAUUUGUAAUAAUAUGUGAAUUUCAGCUUACAAUGGUAGGUACUGAAUUUGUUAUCUUUUAUUCUAGGAAAUCGUUUUAGUUAAUGAUAGACUAUCAUUAAGCGUUAUAAAAUAUCCAAAUAUCGUUGUUCAAUGAACAUCAAAGAUAAUUUCUUUUGAAUGAUUUUGAUGUCUUUUUGAUGCAUUAAGCUUUGUACACAAUGUUUAAGCGCUAUCAUUCUCAGCUAUCAGACAAAAAUCAGGGCUAAAUAUACUCGCCCCAUUUUGUUUCUAUCUACAGAUUUAUACAGUAA